UAAAAAUCCAAUAAAACACUGAAGAGAGGGAACGGAAGAGUGAGAGCUCAGAGAAACCCUAAGCUCGCUAUAGGCAUCUCUACCGCCAUCUCCACCGCCGCCUCCGCCGCCGCCUCCGCCGCUAUUGCCGCCAUCGCUGCCACUAGAGUUCAUCUCUUUUCUGCUUCUACCAUAAAGCUACUGAGAUCGAGCCAAGGCUCCUCCUUCAUCAGCGCGUUUACAGAUCUAAUCGCAACAAGCAUUUGAGAUCAAGAGAAAGUGCCUCUUCGGUCAAUGACGCUCGUGUUCUCCAUCGGCAUUCUAUCCCUUCUGUUUUUCCCCAAGACAACUGUGGAUGUUUUUGCAUUGGUGCUGGAAUUUGGAGGCAAUGCAUUGACAGAAGAUCAAGUUGCUGAAUUCCGAGAAGCUUUUAGCUUCAUUGACAAGGACCAUGACGGAUUUAUUAGCGUGGAUGAAUUGGCAACCAUUAUUAAAUCAUUGGAAGGUAAUCCAACAAAAGAAGAAAUCCAACAUAUGAUUAGUGAAGUUGAUAUUGACGGGAGUGGGAGCAUAGGUUUUGAAGAGUUCAUCAAUAUCAUGGCUACAAAAAUGAAGGAAAAUUUGGCUGAGGAGCUAAAAGAAGAAUUCUAUUUAAAUUUUAUAAAUAACUAUUUGCUCCUCGUCAAGAAGGAUCAACAGGGACACAGGGAAGCAAGUUUAACAAAAACGAGGCUCUCCAUAGAAUGGUUCAAGUUUAGCUUUUAUAGAGCAAGUCAGCAAGGCAAGAUCAUUAUUUUACACACUUCAUGAACUUACAGCAAAUUCCAAAUUAAAGCACUACCACAGGUCCUAAAUAAGUGUCCAAAUCCAAAAUUUCACCUUAAACAGAAUCUAGAAAAGUACUGUAAAGCAGCUAUUAAUUAUUCUGGCCUCCUUCUCCUGCAUAUACAAGGCCAAGAAGGUGGCGAAAGUAAAUAUUAGUGCUGGUGGAACAACUCCUUUACACAUUGCAGCUGAUUAUAUUACAAUGCUAUAAUUAAAAGUUUGAUUGGUAAGAUUUGUCAUUGCUAGUUGGUUUGAUAUUAUGCCUGUGUUUGGAUUAGCUUAUUUUGUGUUCAUAACAGUUUAUAAGCAAAGUUUUACUAGAGAUUUGGGUGAAGAAUAUUGUUGCACAACUAAAAUUAUCUGCCAAAAAUUUUAUCACAACUAAAAUUUUAUCUUUUUUUUAAGGGUUUGAAGACAAAGGGUGUGAAGUAAGUCCUGUCUCAUACCUAAGAGCCGAUUUUGUAGAACCCAAUGCAUUGGUUUGUGUUGGCAAGUAUCUGAGUCAAUUGUUGCUUGAUUUGAAUAAUUUCAUAAUGCAGAAAAUUGAACUUGCUUUCGUUUGGGGAUGAAGCUGAAGAAGAAGAAAAGGAAUUGGCAUUGGUGAAGUAAAAGAUUAAGAGCAGUCAUGAUGUCUUGAAUGAUCCCUGUCUUUUGAAGGAAGAACUCCCAACAAUGAAAUGAGUAAAGCAAGGGAUUUGCAGUUAACUGUAAGAGAUGCACUAAAAACCAAGAAGGAAAAGCCUCGGAAAGAGUUAGAAACUCCUUUACACAUUAUGCUAAAACACUGUUGGACUCUCCUUGUAGUGUAUUUGUUGGAAUAAAUGAAGUCUCAGCUCAAAAUUGCUGCCGUUGUUGCUAUUAGCUAGCUCUGGACUCAUUCCAUGGUUAGUGCCACCAUUGACAUUUAUACAUUUUUUUAGUUUAGUAUCAUAACUACUUGUAGAGCAAUUGGUAAUUGACUCUGAUUGAUGUCACUAUACUAGAAGGAUAACUUAAUAUUAAUGAUAUUUAAGCAUUUGUAUUUGAUAUAGUAAGAAGUGUAUUGUUUUAGA